AUGCACUCACCGAAUUUGAGCCAGCAAAGUGAGGUUGCAGAUCUGUUGGGAGGUUUUAAACCUAUGAAUGCACAGUUUCUAUGCCUUCUGCUUUAUCAGGAGUUUGAAAGUCUCUCUAGAAGUACCUUCUCCUUAAAGGACAAUGAGUAUUUUCUUGCCAUACUAAGAAAAUCAAUCAAUGACAAGAAUUGGAUCGUGUUAUUUAGUGGUUUACAAAAGGGUGUUCGUACAGUGGUCAAAAUUGGAACGCAGAAGCCUGCUCAUGGUCAGAUUAAUGCUUCAGAUGGGAUGGUUUUUUCAUUUGUAGAGGGUGUUUUUAUCACAGCUUUUAAAAAUGGUGUUACUCUUGGAGCAAUGGAGAUUGCAAGUUCAUGUUCAUUAGCUUAG